CAUCCAGCUGCUCUUGCAUUCCUCUGCAUGGAGCCAUUGGACGAGGGUGCAGUGAUUUUGCAGGCAUUUCGAUUGAGAGGUAAAGACCAAAAAGACUUCCCUGGAUAUCCAAAUGAACCUUUGGGAUUUAAUCGCAGCGGGAAAUUGCAAGUUUUUAUAAUCUGGAUCUUAAAGUCUUGAGGACUCAUCCUGCGCCAUGACAGAAGUAGCAAGUCAUUCAAUAAUGGAUUCGGAGAUGAUGUUCCAGCCAGAGUCAGACCAGAUUCCCACUGAGCCCAAGUCGCCGCCCCUUGACCUGGUGGACACAGGGAAAGGUCUGAAGGUCCAGACGGCCGCACCUCAUCUUGUCAGCCUGGGCAGCGGGCGACUGAGCGUGGCUAUCACCCUGCUGCCACUGAAAGAAGGAGUGACCCGGAUAGGUCGAGAAGAUGCCCUGAUUCCUCAAGAUAUCACCAUCCAGGGUCCUGGAAUUGAGGCGGAACAUUGUCUUAUCUAUAAUGAAGGAGGGGUGGUGACCCUGGACCCCUGUGGUCAUCCUUGCAGUUUGGAUGGAGUCCAGGUCACAGUGCCCACGCCACUCACGCAAGGUUAUUCCUUGUGUCUGGGUAAAUCCUAUUUCUUCCGUUUCAACCAUCCAGAGGAAGCCAGCAGAAUGAAGAGCAUGCUUCCACAAAAGAGUCCCGUGUCAGCUUUAGCCUACAAUACAGAUUACCUGAAAUUCAGCAGUGACUACAGUCAUGCAGUGGUUGGGGGGACUACCAGUGCCAGGGGAAUGCGUUCCGCCUCUGAGCUGCGUGAUUUGAUGGACACCCUGCAGCGCAAGAAGAUUGCCUUGGAGAAUAGUCUACGAGCGAACGGGAAUGCCAACCCCUCAUAUUUCAGCAUGACACAGUCUCCUCCUACCACACCUGUGACAUCACCUGCCUCCUCUUCGACUGCCCAUCAGGAACAGGCGAGGCGUUUCUACAGUCCAGAUCGGCCGCCUUUAUCCAUGAAGUCUGUCCCUCCACUUUCGUCUUCCCGUCGUUCUGACCCUGCUUCCCAUGGCUCCCGCUCCUCCAUCGGACGCAACCAGGACCACACAGGCUUUGGUGACGGCCGCCGGCUUCACAGCCAAAGCACCUCCACUUUACUGUCCACGUGGAACGGUGGCGGUUCCUCAAAUUCUGUUGCUGGCAGCGACAGCUUUCUUCUCUCGCUUCCGCCUUCUACAUCCUCCACACGCAACUCUUCAACGGGGGCUGCCAGUAUGCCAUCAAGCCCUCGUUUGGGCCGGCGCAGUUGUAACAAUCAAGAUCCUUCACCAAGUAGCCGAACAAGAAAAUACUCAGCGGGUUCCCUGAAUGGUCUCACGGCAGCGGGUCAUAGCCGUUCUCUGCCGCGCCUCUGCCCCUCCCCAAAUCCUCGAGAGAAUGCCAAUGGAGGUCUGAUGUUGUCUAGGCUCCCGGCGCGUCAGUCUGAGGUCAAUGCAUCCUACAAACUUAACAAAGACCAAUAUAACAAUAACAGCACAAGCCUUGACCUCAACCACAACAACUCUAGCAGCUCCAGCCUGCAGUUAAAUGGCAGGAAUCACAGUAAAACCUCAGCUCAGGGAGACGGUGUAGUUUCCAUUUCCCUUUCGUGUCCUAAAAUAAUACCCUCCAGUAAACGUUCCGUCUCCCCAACAACUGCUCCCCCUGAUGUAACCAUCCCGUCUACGUCCGGGGGCUCCUCUUCUCCUCGAGUGGCAAAAAAGCUGAGCCUUACAGCAACAAACUCCAUAAGUUCUAUAGAAACAUGUACAUCUGAAACACUCAGCAGCCCAGAAUUUGGACUCGGGGAAAGGAGGCCUUCCAUUGGGAAAAUGGGACUGGAAUCUGUAGUUGGGUUUGGCGAAAGAAGACAGUCAUUUGGAAAGGCAGGAAUAGCCCCACCUGGGGGCUUCAGGGAAAGAAGAGGCAGUAUAAGCUCGCUGAGUGGGAAGGAGGAGCUGACUGACUACCAUAUACGCCAAAAGGAGGAACGUCUCCGUGAGCAGGAGGUUGAGAGACUGGAACGGCAGCGCCUCGAGACCAUCUUGUCUCUGUGUACUGAGUUGGGACGGACUGAGAGCGACGAAGGUCAAACAUCAGCGGCAGCCGACCUCCGGAAAAUCAACCAAGAGCUGGAGAAGCUGCAGCUGAACGAUGACAACGAUGAUACUCCCUCUGUCUUCUCAGACACUUGUGCUGCGGACAUGUCAAAUGGGAAUGGAUUCAUAAACUGUUCAGGGUCAGAAAAUGGAUUUUAUGAUGAGGACCUGCAAGUACGACAGAGACGCAGCAGUGGCACCCGAGACAACAGGGCAGAAUCACCUGCUGUCAGUCUGCGAAGUUAUGCUCUGUCACCAUCUCCACAUGUCCAGAGGACCAAAGAGGCUCAAGAAGAUGCCAUUUGUCACAGAGCACAGGAUUUGAAGGCUUCUGAGGAGGAAAUAAGGCGAGUGGAGGAGGAGAGGAUCCAGGUGCUGAAUAACAUGGAGGAGCUGGAACAGAAAAUCAAAGAGUUGGACAACCAAAUGGACGAGUCUGCCAGAGAGGUGGAAGUGGAGAGAGCUCUGGUAGAGGCUGAGCAAGACUCAGAGGCCGCUGCUCUCCAACAGGAGAAAGAAGCUCUCGAUGCUCUUCACAGUAAGAUUGCUGACCUGGAGAAUAAGUCCAAGCAGGAAAAAGAGAAGGCGUGCGAGUUGCUGCAGACAGAAAGGGGCAGAGUAGAGAGGUUGGCUCAGAUUGUGUGUGAGCAGCGCUCCCAACUGGACAGCUGCCCUGAGGCCACCAAGGAGCCCCUGAAGGAGCAGCUAGCCAGGGACUGUGAGGUCCUAGAGACUGAGACCAAACGUUUCGAGGACCUGGAAUUUCAGCAGCUGGAGCGAGAGAGCCGUCAGGACGAGGAGAAGGAGACCAACGUUCAGCAGCUUCUUCGAGAGAUUGCAGAGUAUCAGAGAAGUACUGUCUCCCGCAAGGAGCGAGUCAUGAUUCUGAAGAAACAGGCGGCACAGAUUACCCAGCAAACUCAGCGGGAAAAGGAGAGUUUCCUGAAGGAGAGGAGCAACCUGGAAGAAAUGCUGCAGCGGGAAAAGGAGAACUUCGCCAGACUGGAGCAGAAAUACUCUGAGCUGACUGAAGGUCGUGGCAUCACUUUACGUGAGGGCUAUGUCACAGUCAGUGAAAUCAAUGAACUUUACUCACAGCUUGGGGGCGACCCCAAACCCGCCUCUACCCCUCCUCCCGCCAAAGCAUUUUCCGAAUCGGAGACCAUAUGCGCCUCUGAAGACACCACGGAGAGCGAGCAUUUCCGUUUACUGGAAGAGAGGAGGAGAUCUGAGAAAGAUGGGAGCUCCCAUUUAAGUGGAACAUUACCCCGAAACAAGACCACUCCCACCACAAACGCUCAGUUCACAUGCGCCACACUUGGGCGCAAUUUCCAUUCAAAGUCCCAUCAGCCCUUGGUGCAGAGUACAAGUUGUGGCAGUAUUCUUCCCAGAAUUCUCUCCUUGUCAAACAAAGAAACCGAAGCACGACGUCUGCAAAAAGGCCAAUCCAGUUCCCGAGCAGCCUCGCAGACAAACAUAUACCUCGAUGCCUUCGGCUACCGUGACAACCAGGCUUUCGACACCAUGAGCGUGGAUAGUACUGACUCCAUCGACACGAGCAUCUCUGCUUGCUCUCCUGACAACGUCUCCAGUGCCAGCACCUCAAAUAUGGCAAAACUGGAAGAGAUGGAGCGUCUGCUGAGAGAAGCUCAGGCAGAGAAGAACCGACUCCUGGAGCACAAGGAGCGUGAGAUGGAAGUCCGAAAGCAGGCCCUCGAGGACGAGAAGAAGAGACGUGAGGAGCUGGAGAAGCGGCUGCAGGAGGAGACGAGCAGGCGGCAGAAGCUUAUCGACCGAGAGGUGAAGCUGCGUGAGAAGCAGCGAGCGCAGUCUCGGCCUCUAACGCGAUACCUGCCAGUGCGGAAAGAUGACUUUGACUUGCGGUCUCACAUCGAGUCCGCAGGUCACAACCCAGAGACCUGUUACCACCUGUCCAUCAGUGAGAAGACCUGCAGGGGCUACCUGAUCAAGAUGGGAGGCAAAAUCAAAACCUGGAAAAAACGCUGGUUUGUCUUCGACCGCAACCGCCGGACGCUCUCCUACUUUGCUGACAAGCAUGAAGCGAAGCUCAAGGGAGUCAUCUACUUUCAGGCUAUUGAAGAAGUCUACUAUGACCACUUGAAAAAUGCUCACAAGAGCCCCAACCCUUCGCUGACCUUCAGUGUGAAGACUCACGACCGUGUCUACUACAUGGUGGCUCCCUCUCCAGAAGCCAUGAGGAUCUGGAUGGACGUGAUUGUCACCGGAGCUGAGGGCUACACCCAGUUCAUGGUGUAAUGACGACUCCGCGAUUGGCGUUCUGCUGACAUCAUCUCUGUGCCCCUACAGACUCAGCAGUGUUCUUGUCACUUAAUCAUUGCUGUAGCAGUGGCAAAGCAUGAAAGUGGUUUUUAUUCUUAACUUGCCCUUUCUCCUUAUUGGUCCCUCUGAUGAGGUGCAUCAGAGCUGAUAAGUAUGAAAUAUAAUGAUUUUUUUAUGCAAAUUAGUUUCUUUGAAUACUUGCUGUAUGUGUAGUUACCAAGGAAAAGGAUUGCAAAGUCAUAUGCAUAUAUUUUACCAGUUAUGAGAAAAAAAAUCUGACCAUUUUGCAUGACAGAUAAAUUAUGAAUAAGUCUGUUUAAGCAAAUAUUAUUGUAAUUUUGAGGACUUUUGUAAAAGGAUUGUCAUCCUCAGGUCUUAAAACGGUGCAUCAUCUAUUUAAGCGUGAAUUGGUCACGCAAGAAGUGCCUAGUUUUAUGUGUACAGGUUUGUCUAAAGAGGGUGUAGACGUGCAGCUGCUGCAGGUCAAACACAUGUACUGACAGUUAAACUAAAGGACCAGUUCAUCUCUGUUACCAAGUCCAGCAGUCACAGAAGAACUUGGAGUUUCUUUUUCGCUACUUAGUCUUUUUAUGGUGUGUCAGUAUUUGACCAAGGUAGUUCUGACUAAAGAAGGUACACGUAUUUACACUAUCCAGCUGCUGAUAUUAACUACAUUUUUACACUUUUGUCUCAUUUGUAUGUCUGUUAAUACCACUAUCUGAUGUUUUCUACAGUGAUCACUAAAGCUGCUUUUAUAUAACAUUAAGAAAAUCUCUAGUUACAUCCUGUAUCUCUCUUUUGUUGACCAAAGUGUUUAUGUGCUGUAUAUGUGGUAUACGACUCGUCUUGUGACAUAUGUUAUGAAAGUUACAUUCAUUGCUAUGUUAAUCUGAAAGCACAAUGUUCCCAAAGCUUCCAUGUGACCUUUUAUUAACUGUAAUAAUGCCUUUAUCUUUGCAUGUAUUUUUGUACUUCCAUCUGCAUAAUAAAAGUAUAUAUUUUACCUGUCAAA